AUGCAAUACCUUUUAAUCAUUCUACUGAGUCUGAUAUCCAUCAUCAAAGUGAUUUCAGGCCGCUCGCAAAACGUUGACUCUUUGCAAGAAUUAGCCUACACUCCGGUCUGGAUUCUUGAUGUAACGAUAUCGCCUGGCGGACGACUAGUUCAGCCUCUUCCGGCCAAAUGGAAUACAUUUGCGUACACGCUGGAGGGAACUACAGUAUGGGAUACGGGAAGCACAACUAAAGAAGUCCCGCGCUAUCACAACACCGUCUUUGAACAAAAUGGUGACCAAGUAAUUGCAUAUGUUCCGUCAAGUGCGAAGGAGGACUCUCGGUUUGUCCUGAUUUCUGGCAUGCCUCUAGACCAACCUGUGCUCCAAUACGGACCAUUCGUCGGGUUAAAUGCCGCCCAGGUUCGACAAGCCGUGAUGGACUACAGUACAUACUCAAAUGGAUUCGAAAGAGCGGAAAAUUGGCAGUCUGAGAUCGGUAGAAGCAUGAUUUAA